CGAAACAUCUUUCAAGGACAACGACAAAAUAGAGAGUGUUUAGGACUCGAGACACUGCGUUACAAAUAAAGAAAAUUAUCCAGCUUCCUAGAUUGUAGAUCUUUCUUAAAGACCAUUUGUACAUAUAGAUAGUGUGUAAAAUGACAGAGUUGAAACGUUUACCCGUGUUUGUUUUCCCGACCUCGCUUAAUUUCUUCGCUGAAGAAUCGUCUUCACACAAACAAAUGGUCACUGUUUACAAUCCAUAUGAUUUUGUGGUGAACUUCAAAGUGCUAUGCAAUGCACCACACAAGUACAGGAUUGUUGACCCUGAAGGAUCCAUUAAACCCCAUUGUUGUGUAGAUAUAGUUAUACGUCAUAUUUCUAUAUUACCAACCUGCUAUCAUGUUACAGACAAGUUCAGGAUUCAAAUGAAUGAUCACAUUAGCAGGCAAUUGUUAGGGAAAAAGGAUCUAUCAGUUACUUUAUUACCAGGAAAAUCCUCAGGAAUCUCAGAAUCUAGUGCUACUAGUCAGGAUACAUACAAGCAAUUCUCUACAGAGCUGACUGCAGCCUCAUCUGGUGAUUCAAGUGCACCAAUCGUGCAAAUCCAGGCUUCCUCUGAAAACCUUGCAAAACUAGGUUAUCAAACUGCUGGGCCAAAUUAUAUUGCUAUUGUGGUAGCAAUUAUUUGUAUUAUAGCUUUAAUGUUGCCUUCUGAUGAAUCUGAAAGCAGCCCAUCAUCAUCGCUGUGGUCUUUGUUUCACUUGUCUUCCCAGCAGAAAUUGGUAUUUGCCUAUUCUCUUGGUCUGGUUACGAUGGUCAUAUUUCGAGUAUAAGCCUUUCUCCUAUAGAAAAUUACUGAAAAUGCAAAGAAUGGGCAACUUUGUAUUCGCCUACGAAAUGCGAGAAUAAUUGUUGAGAUUCAUUAAUGUCGAAUUCAUAAAAAAAAAGAACAUUUAGAUAAUUUAUAAAGUGAUCUGAACACG